CCGCCGUGGGCUCCCUGCCCGGCGCAGACCCCACUUGCCUCGGCCCGCUGGAUUAUUAUCACUGCAACAAGUUUGAUGGAGAGAACAUGUACAUGGGAAUGAAUGACAACGCCCAGGAGUUUCUAUCUGCCAAUCAGACGUACAACAGCCAGAAUGAAAACAACGAGGACUACGAGAUCCCUCCCAUAACGCCUCCUAAUCUCCCUGACCCUUCCCUCCUGCACUUGGUGGACCACGAAACUGGAUAUCACUCUCUGUGCCACAGCCUCCCUCCCAACAGCCUGAUCCCAGCCUACCCCUACCAGAACAUGGACCUGCCGGCCAUCAUGGUCUCCAACAUGUUGAGUCAGGAUGGGCAUCUCCUCUCCAGCCAGCUACCCACGAUCCAGGAGAUGGUCCACUCGGACGCUGCAUCCUACGAUUCCAACCGCCAAGUGCCCCUGCUCAACCGCCCCGGGAUGCUGGCCGGCCCCAUGAGUGCCCUCAGCCAGUCCCAGCUCAUCUCUCAGAUGGGGAUGAGGAGUGGUGUCGCCCACGGCUCCCCCUCACCCCCGGGAAGCAAGUCUGCUACACCAUCUCCCUCCAGCUCUACUCAGGAAGAGGAGACGGAGUCACAUUACAAGGCUACUGGAGAGAAAAGACCAUCAACAGACCUGGGUAAAAAGCCCAAAAGCCAAAAGAAGAAGAAAAAGAAGGACCCCAAUGAGCCCCAGAAGCCCGUGUCAGCCUACGCCCUGUUUUUCAGAGACACACAGGCAGCCAUCAAAGGGCAAAACCCCAACGCCACCUUCGGAGACGUGUCCAAAAUUGUGGCAUCCAUGUGGGACAGUUUGGGAGAAGAACAAAAACAGGCAUACAAGAGGAAAACAGAAGCUGCGAAGAAGGAGUACCUGAAAGCUCUGGCCGCAUACCGGGCCAGCCUCGUCUCCAAGAGCUCUGCCGACCAGGGGGAGACGAAAAGCGCCCAGAGCAACCCACCUUCCAAAAUGAUCCCCCCCAAGCAGCCCAUGUACCCGAUGCCUCCCCAGGCUUCCUCGCCCUACCCCGGCCUGGGCUCCUUCCUGUCCCCGUCGGACCUGCAGAACUACCGUGGCCACCCCCACCCUGGGCUGUCCCGGACCCUCAGCUCCAAGCCCAUGCUGCCCAGCAUCAGUGCCUCCCCCCCGCCCUCCUUCCAGAUCAGCCCCCCGCUCCACCAGCAGCUGUCCUUGCACCACCCGCAGAGCUCCCUCCUCAGCCAGCCCCUCAGCAUGCAGCAGGUCCCCCAGCAGCCCCUCCUGUCCCCCCCCAUGGCACUACAGGUACAGCCCCCCAUGAACGCCUCACCUCCCGGGCAGCAGGACUUCUCCCAUAUUUCGUCUGAGUUUCAGAACAGUGUUGGACCCCGUUCGCCUGGCGCAUCAAACCCUCCAGGAAGCACUGAGUGGGACAGCGACUACCCCAGCAGAGAGUGUGGGGUCAACCACUGCAGCAUGCUGCCAAGGGACAAGGCACUCUACCUCACCUAAGGCUCACCACCCCUUUUGGAGGAGGCUCAGAGGAAGGACACUUUGAGAGGGUCUAUCCCACGGACCACCCCGGGGAGGCACGAGCAAGUCGUACGGGCGGGAGAGCUGCCACUUGCACCUCGUCGCUGGCUUCGUUCCCAGGCUCUGAGAGCAGUUUUGUUUUGUUUUGUUUUGUUUUUUUUUCUUUCCUUAUUUUUUU